ACGAUUGUUUCCUCGUCUCUUGAUCUUGUUUUCAGGGCCUCAGUGGUCUGGAUGGGUUACUCGGGGUUGAAGGAAAUCCUGGAGAUCCAGGUGAUGUAGGUUUCAGAGGAGCUCCUGCAACACCUGGCAGCCCUGGGAAAAUGGGAAAACCUGGAUCUCCUGGGGUCAGAGGAAGCAGUGGAGCACCAGGGUUUAAGGGUAAAUCUGGAUUCAAAGGGAAACAAGGACCACCUGGACCAAUGGGGCCAAAGGGUCUUCCAGGACUGAGAGGAGAGAAGGGAGAGUCUUCAAUCUCUGGUCUGAAGGGUCUCCCAGGUGAAAUGGGAAUAUUUGGACCAGUCGGGCCAUCUGGGCUAAAGGGGAAUCCUGGUCUGCAGGGGCUGAAGGGUCGAAUAGGCCAUAAAGGAAAGCAGGGCCAGCUUGGGAAGAAGGGGAAGCCAGGAGCACCAGGCCUCAAACGCAGGCCUUCACAAAGACGGGGUUCAAAGCCUGAGCUCAGACCGGGUCGUCAGAGACCCAAAACAGCACGCAUUAAAAGACUAGAGAACGUGCCGCGGUUCAGACUAACACCGGCCCUCUUGAAGGGGUCCAGCCUGCUGUCCAGGAGAUGGUCUGAGGAGGAAGAGGAGGAGGAAGAGGAGGAGGAUUCGUUCAGCUGGCCUCAGGGAACCAAAGAGGAUCCUGCCACCUCCUGCUACGAGCUGGGACUCAUACACCCUCACCUGAGCGAUGGUUUCUUUUACAUGGACCCAAACCAAGGCUGUCCGCACGACUCGGUGAGGGUUUUCUGUAACUUCACAGCAGGAGGAGCGACCUGCAUCGAGCCUCUACCCUCACAGAUCAAAUUAAGUUGGAAAUCAAAGAAGAAGAAUGCACCUGUCCAAUGGCUCAGUCAGCAGCACGCUGGGAACAAGUUUGAGUACUCCGGCCUGGAUGUGGUCCAGCUGAGGUUCCUGCGGCUGCACAGCCUCUCGUCCUCACAGCUCCUGACGCUCCGCUGCUCAGAGAACAGCUCCAGAUCUGCAGGAAACACAUCGUCAAUUGAUCACCUGCUGGGAGACACAUUGUCAGCUGAUCACCUGCUGGGAGACACAUUGUCAGCUGAUCACCUGGUGGGAGACACAUCGUCAGCUGAUCACAUGCUGGGAGACACAUCGUCAGCUGAUCACCUGGUGGGAGACACAUCGUCAGCUGAUCACCUGCUGGGAGACAAAUCGUCAGCUGAUCACCUGGUGGGAGACACAUCGUCAGCUGAUCACAUACUUCACCUGCUGGGAGACUCCGGCACAGAAAUCCCUUCCCACUUCACCAGCGUGUCCAGGAGAGGCUGUGAGGUGGAGGUGUCUGUGACGGUGCGGGGGGGAACGGAGCUGCAUCGAGGUGACAUGCAGCUACUUCCUGUCAGAGACAUGGGGGUGGAGCCUACGGUGUGUUCUCCAACCGUCUCUGAAAUCACCGCUGUGCUGGGACCCCUCUGCUUCUUGUGACCUGAGAGGUGUGUGUGUGUGUGUGUG